UCCGGGAUAGGCUGCGAGCUGUCGAGCAACAGCGGCAGUCUACGGGGUUUCGGGCUGAUAACCUUCGCGUCCUGUGGACGGGACCCUCCUGAGCAGGAGAAAGUAGCCUUGCCUGUCGCGGGUUUCGGCUCUGGGAUUAAAGUGAUCGCCAGCUUUCGUCGAAACCGCCGGUGGGGAUUCAUGCUGGGCUGCUUAGCUAAAUGCGGUACGAAGCUAAAAUGAUGCCGAUGUUCCUGACUGUAUACCUCAGUAACAAUGACCAGCAUUUUACCGAGGUCCCCGUCACCCCGGAGACGCUCUGCAGGGAUGUGGUUGACUUGUGCAAAGAGCCGGGGGAGACCGAGUGCCACCUGUCUGAGAUGUGGCGUGGAUCCGAGAGAGCUGUCGGCGAGGGUGAGCGGAUGCUGGACGUGCUCCAGCGAUGGGGACAGCACAGGGCGGAGGUGCGCUUCUUCCUGCGUCACAACCGAGCCCCUAGCAGGGAAUCCGGAGGGUCAAGAGGCCCAGAGCCGAAAAGAAAUGGAGUGAAGGGUCCGCCAGACAGAAGGAUGGAGAAUGGGGUGGGAACGCCCCGGAUGGACAUGACGCUGGCCGAACUGCAGGAGAUGGCUGCUCGGCAGCAGCAGCAGAUCGAAGCACAGCAACAACUUCUUGCUUCCAAGGAGCAGCGGCUGCGCUACUUGAAGCAGCAGGAACAGCGCCAGCAGCAGCAGGCCUCUGAGCAGGAGAAGCUGCAGCGCCUCCGAGAGAACAUCGAGAACCAGGAAACUCGGCUUAAAAAAGUCCGGGCCCUGAAGGGCCAGGUGGAGCAGAAACGCCUCAGCAACGGCAAACUGGUGGAGGAGAUCGAGCAGAUGAAUAACCUGUUCCAGCAGAAGCAGCGAGAGCUCGUGAUGGCGGCGUCGAAGGUGGAGGAGCUGAGCCGACAGCUGGAGCUGCUCAAAAACGGCAAAAUGGAAAAUUUCCACGAUAAUCAGAGCUCAGUGGCUGAACUGGAUCGCCUCUACAAAGAACUACAGCUGAGGAACAAGCUCAACCAGGAUCAGAACUCCAAGCUGCAGCAGCAGAGGGAGAGCCUGAACAAGCGCAACCAGGAAGUGGCCGCUAUGGACAAGCGCAUCAGCGAGCUCCGGGAUCGACUGUGGAAGAAGAAAGCGGCGCUGCAGCAGAAGGAGAACUUGCCUACCCACAGGCAUUCAGAGCUCAGCCGCACCAAUAAUGGCUAUCCCGGUAAAGAGAGGGCCUCAAAAGACACUCAUCUUCAGCUGCCCUCUGAUGGCCAAGCUGGACAGCAGUCAGGACCGUCUCGCGUGGCAGCGGUGGGCCCGUACAUCCAGUCGUCCACGAUGCCCCGGGGCCCAGUGAGACACGACCUGCUGGUGAAGCCAGCCUACCCAGACGGUACCGCCACCCUGCCGGGCCCGGACCCACAGAUCAAGACCGGUACAGGCCUUCAGCCUGGGAAGCUUGCAGACUGGAGCUCUUCAAGUCCGGAAUCCAACACCAACGGCCACGGUCCAUCCUCAACGUUGCCGCGAAUGACCUCGCAUUCCAGCUCGAAAACGGAACAAGAUGAGUCAGAGCUGAAGAGAGACAAAAAGGUGCGUCCAUUUUCCAUGUUUGAACCAACGGAGGUUCCAGCCACCUCCCUCCGCAAAAACCAGAGCAGCGAUGACCUGGUGAGGGAUGCACAGUCUGCUCCCAAGGCUUCAGUCAAGGUGCCUCCUCCUGUACCAACCAAGCCCAAAGGCCCAGGCGUUGUGCCUUAUGGCAAACCGGGCCUCAACACUGGCACCUUCCCCAAAACGAAGGCCCACGGCCAGCAGCCCCCGGCCGGCCAGGGCCGCGGCCCGCUGCCGCCCUCACAGAGCCAGACACUCCCUCUGCCCUCCAAGCAGGACACUCCACCAGCGGCCACGGUGCGGCCCUUCACCCCCGAGCUGCCCUCCAAAGACGCCAACCUGAGCAAGCCGCAGACCUUAGCUGCCAGCUCCAUCUACUCCAUGUACACACAGCAGGCCGGUUCCGGGAAGCCCUUCCAGCCCAUCCAGGGCGCUCUCAACAGAGCUCAGACCCGCACCAAUGGAUUUGUUAGUGUGUAUGGUAAACCGGUGAUUCCCGGCGGCGGCUCUCAACACCCAGACAACCCGUACCUAGAGCGCCGCUCGCCUGCUCCGGAAACCGACGUCGACCACGCCGGGGCCGGUUACGCGGGCCCCAGCUCCUCUGAAGGGCCGCAGCCGGAGACGGAGCGAAUCCCCCGGCCCCUCAGCCCCACCAAGCUGCUUCCCUUCAUCUCCAACCCCUACAGGCACCAGAGCGACGGUGACCUGGAGGCCCUGAGGAAGAAGCUCUACAACGCCCCGAGGCCCCUGAAGAAGCGCAGCUCCAUCACUGAGCCCGAGGGCCCCGCAGGGCCCAACAUCCAGAAACUCCUGUACCAGAAGACCACGCUGGCAGCUAUGGAGACCACAGUCACUGCCGGAGAAGCAGAGAAGGCGGCAGACGGCUCCGUGGCCCCCCACGGUCCGAACCACGAAGGCCACCCAGCAGAGAUGGGACAGACUGCGGAGGGGGGUCCGCUCCAGCCUCCGAUCCCAGGCGUUAACGUCCCCAUCCCGCCUUCCGACGAACAGACCAAAACCAUUUCAGUCAUGCCAGAGAGCGAGGAUAUUAUUCCUCCACCGCCGCCGUCUCAUCCUGCCCCCAGACCCGACGACGCCGUGUUCCCGCCGCUGCCUCCGCCGCCGCCUGCUGGCUUGGAGGACACGAUGCCCAACCUGCCUCCCCCACCUCCAGAGGGCUUCCUGGAGGAGUUCCCUCCGUACCCACCGCCGCCCUAUCCCAGCGGGGCGGAGCAGGACAGCUUGGGAGAAGACACCUUUAACAUGAAGGCCCCAGAGAUCACUGGACAGGUCAAUCUGCCACCGGGAAAGAGGACCAAUUUGCGAAAGCCGGGCUCUGAGCGCAUCGAUCACAGCAUGAGGGUGAAGUUCAACCCGCUCGCCCUGCUGCUGGACUCGUCUCUGGAAGGAGAGUUCGACCUGGUACAGAGAAUCAUCUACGAGGUGGAAGAUCCCAGCCAGCCCAACGACGAAGGCAUCACUGCACUGCACAACGCCGUCUGCGCCGGUCACACGGAGAUCGUCAAGUUUCUGGUUCAGUUCGGAGUCAACGUCAAUGCUGCCGACAGCGACGGCUGGACGCCUCUUCACUGUGCGGCGUCCUGCAACAAUGUGCAAGUGUGCAAGUUCCUGGUGGAGUCUGGGGCCGCAGUGUUUGCAAUGACUUACAGCGACAUGCAGACAGCCGCUGAUAAAUGUGAAGAGAUGGAGGAUGGAUACACCCAAUGCUCACAGUUCCUUUAUGGCGUGCAAGAGAAGAUGGGUAUCAUGAACCGAGGUGUGGUCUACGGCCUGUGGGACUACGGGGGCGAAAACCCAGACGAGCUGUCGUUCCGCGAAGGCGACUGCAUGACCAUCGUUCGCAGGGAGGACGAAGACGAGAUCGAGUGGUGGUGGGCGCGCAUGGGCGACACGGAAGGCUACAUUCCCCGCAACCUGUUAGGGCUCUACCCACGAAUUAAACCAAGGCAGAGAACACUGGCUUAGAAAACCAAGAGCCCUGUACGAUUCCAGUCUGGCAAAAACACACACACGCACACACAGACACACACUUAACUUUAACAGACUGAGGAUUAGAAGGACACUGCUGCAAUGAAGAGACAAGUACCGACCAAACAAUAUGAAGGAUGAAAUAUUUCUGGCACUCUGCGUCUUGAUCGCCGAGGCGCUCUCUCCUCACAUCGAGCUCCGGGAUCCGGGACGCGUCUUCACAACUUCAGGCUUCGUCUUUCCUUGAUUUCACUCAAAAUGCCACAGACUCCGAUAUUGGGACGUAUAUGGAUCACGCAGUAUUUUUUUAUUGACGGCAAGUGUUUUUUUUUUUUUUUUUUUUUACACUCGUGAACAGUGAUUUGGCGCUCUCUGUCUGGGAUUCAGGUUACUUUCUGACUUUCCGACACAUGGGGGGGGGUUGUUGUACGUUGCAUGCGGUGAAUGAGUGGAUGGAGACGACGAUGACGCUUUUGAAACGCUCUGUUACCAUGACAAUCUCCCGGGGGCUCGUCUGUCGUCAUCAGCCCGCCUGACUGUGCCUCUGAAUUACUGCACUGUAGGUGUAAAGUUUCAGCCGUGACCGCCACUGUUCUGCUUCAACAAGUUGGGGAAAAAAACGGCGAUCUGAAGCUUUUCGUUUAUUCUGUGGUCAAUGAUACCCAGUAAAAGGCCAGUGUGCGUUUCUGCACUGUGCACGUGGUUGAGGUACCAUAGAUGCUGUGUAUGUGUGUAUUUCUGUCCCAAAAACUAGUGAAAGGAGGCUGUAGCAAUUCUUCUCGUUUGUUUUUUUUUUUUUUUUUGUUUUUGUGACAAAACUGACUUUUGAAUUGAUGUCAAAAAAAGAUGUAAUGCAGUAUGAAUUUACUAUUUUAAUACAGCCAUUUCAUCGCUGUACAGUAAUCUGAAAGGCAAUUGUUAUCGCAAAACCCUUUUUUGUAGCAAUCACAAGGAUAUGAUAGUCAAAACAACACUGAUGUCCUGAUGGCAAACACACAAAUGGAACCUGAAACCUCCCAAAACACAACGUAUCACAUAUCUGUCAAUGCAGAUGUAUUUAUUUUUGUUACUUCUUUCUUUAGCCCUUUUGUCAGAAAUGUAACCGCAAGUGUACUGUAGUAUUUCAAAUAUUUACAAUAAAAUACUUUGUACUAAAUCCA